AUGGAAGAGCCAACAUAUGAUGCCAGCCGUCCGAUGCCGGACAUCAACAUCAUCUACCAAUACAAACUUGCGAAUUGCCCCGGCAAAAGCAUCGUUGGCUUGCGUGUGGAAUUUCCACCAAAAGGGUCAACUCCGCCUCACAGGCAUGGCGGCAGCUCAGUGUCCGCAUAUGUUUUCAGCGGUACGCUGUUGAACAAGAUGAACAAUGAUCCGAUGAAGGUCAUCAAGGCUGGAGAGACUUGGUUUGAGGCGCCGGGUUGCCACCACCGUAUCAGCGACAAUGCGAGCAAGACUGAGCCUGCGACCUUGAUUGCUACUCUAGUUCUGGACACUGAUGUUUUGGAGCGCGAUGGCAUGGGUGCGCUUAUUCAGAUUGAUGAAGAAUAUCGUUGA